CCAACACUCCAUCAGAUCCUCUUCCCACACUGACCCAAAACCACUUUCCUACAAUUUUCUUUUCAUCACAAAACAACCCCUCGCAUAUAUUAUAUUUGUUGAUUCAUUAUUUGUAUCCACAAACACUUGUUCUUCCUUCACAGCUUUGCAAUUGAAAUGGCUUUUACUUCUAAUGACGUCAUCCAAUGCACCUCUUCUUCUUCGUUUGAGUAUGACGUGUUUGUGAGCUUCCGCGGUGAAGACACACGCAACAGCUUCACCGGUUUUCUUCUUCAAGCUCUGAAAAAAGAAGGCAUCGAGGCCUUCAAAGAUGAUAAAGAUAUCAGGAAAGGCGAAUCCAUAGCACCAGAGCUAAUACGAGCCAUUGAAGGGUCUCAUGUUUUCCUUGUUGUCUUUUCCAAGGGCUAUGCUUCCUCAACUUGGUGCCUGCGUGAACUAGCACAUAUCUGGAAUUGCAUUCAAACAUCACCCAGACAUCUUCUGCCUAUUUUUUAUGAUGUUGAUCCAUCACAAGUGCGAAAACAGAGUGGAGACUAUCAGAAAGCCUUUGCCCAACACCAACAAAGUUUCAGGUUCCAAGAGAAGGAAAUUAACACAUGGAGAGAAGUUCUGGAACGAGUAGCCAAUCUCUCUGGUUGGGAUAUCAGAUAUAAGCAACAACAUGCAGUGAUUGAAGAAAUUGUCCAGCAGAUAAAAAAUAUCUUGGGUUCCAAAUUUUCAACUCUUCCAUAUGAUAAUCUAGUUGGGAUGGAAUCUCAUUUUGCUAAAUUAUCAAAGCUAAUAUGUCUGGGACCAGCUAAUGAUGUUCGAGUUGUUGGAAUUACUGGGAUGGGUGGAAUAGGAAAGUCAACUCUUGGUCGAGCUUUAUAUGAAAGAAUCUCUCAUCAAUUUAAUUCUCUUUGUUAUAUUGAUGAUGUAAGUAAACUUUAUCAAGGUUAUGGUACAUUAGGUGUACAAAAACAGUUACUUUCACAAUCUCUAAACGAAAGAAAUCUAGAGAUUUGCAAUGUAUCUGAUGGAACACUUCUGGCAUGGAAGAGGCUAUCCAAUGCAAAGGCACUUAUAGUUCUUGACAAUGUAGAUCAAGAUAAACAACUUGAUAUGUUUACAGGAGGUAGAGUUGACCUGUUACGUAAAUGUCUAGGUAGAGGAAGCAUAGUCAUUAUAAUUUCUAGAGAUAAACAAAUAUUGAAAGCACAUGGAGUAGAUGUUAUUUACCAAGUGAAGCCAUUGAAUGAUGAAGAUGCUGCUCGAUUGUUUUGUAGAAAAGCAUUCAAAAGUAAUUAUAUUGUGAGUGAUUUUGAAAAGAUGACUGGUGAUGCACUAUUACAUUGUCAAGGUCAUCCCUUAGCAAUUGAAGUAUUGGGCUCAUCUUUGUUUGAUAAGGAUGUUUCUCAUUGGAGAAGUGCAUUGGCUUCUCUAAGAGUAAAUAAAAGUAAAAAUAUUAUGAAUGUGUUGCGAAUAAGUUUUGAUCAAUUAGAGGAUACACACAAGGAAAUAUUUCUUGAUAUUGCUUGUUUCUUCAAUGGUAGAUAUGUGGAAGGUGUGAAAGAAGUUCUAGAUUUUCGUGGAUUUAAUCCAGAAUAUGGCCUACAAGUUCUCAUUGAUAAAUCAUUUAUAACCGCGACAUUUAAAAUUCACAUGCAUGACUUGUUAUGCGAUUUAGGCAAGUGUAUUGUAAGAGAAAAAUCACCUACGAAGCCAAGAAAGUGGAGUAGGUUGUGGGAUUUUAAAGAUUUCUACAAAGUUAUGUCAGACAAUAUGCCAGCAGAAAAUGUCGAGGCCAUUGUAGUUCAAAUGAAUCACCAUCAUGGGACAACAAUGGGGGUUGAUGGUCUAUCAACAAUGAGUCACCUUAAGUUACUUCAACUUGAAAGUUCUAUUCCUGAUUCAAAAAGGAAAUUUUCUGGAAUGCUUGUUAAUCUUUCCAAUGAAUUAGGGUAUCUUAAAUGGAUUUUCUAUCCUUUUAAGUGUUUGCCACCCAGUUUUGAGCCAGACAAACUUGUUGAGUUGAUCUUGCGUCAUAGCAACAGCAAAAAACUUUGGAAAGGCAGAAAGCCUCUACCCAAUUUGAGGCAUUUGGAUCUCUCUCACUCCAAAAAUCUAAUUAAAAUGCCAUAUAUUGGAGAUUCCCUAUAUCUUGAGACGCUUAAUCUCCAAGGAUGUAUUCAACUCAAAGAGAUUGGUCUGUCCAUUGUUCUUUCACGAAGGCUUUCUUAUCUGGAUUUGAAAGAUAGCAAAUGUCUUAUCAAUUUGCCACGGUUUGGAGAGGACCUAAUUCUUCAAAUCCUAGUACUCGAAGGAUGUCAAAAACUCAGACACAUUGAUUCAUCCAUCGGUCUUCUAAAAAAGCUCAGAAGAUUGGAUUUGAAAAACUGCAAAAAUCUAGUAAGCUUACCCAAUAGCAUACUAGGCCUCAAUUCUCUUGAAUGUCUGAAUCUCUCUGGCUGUUCAAAACUGUACAACAUCCAGUUAUUAUAUGAACUAAGGGAUGCAGAGCAUUUGAAGAAGAUUGAUAUAGAUGGAGCUCCUAUUCAUUUCCAAUCAACAUCUUCCUACUCCAGACAACAUAAAAAAUCAGUUGGGUGCUUAAUGCCUUCCUCGCCAAUUUUUCCAUGUAUGUGUGAACUUGAUCUAAGUUUCUGUAAUUUAGUUCAAAUUCCUGAUGCUAUUGGAAUUAUAUGUUGCUUAGAAAAGCUAGAUUUAAGUGGUAACAAUUUUGUUACACUGCCCAACCUCAAGAAGCUUUCCAAACUGUUCAGUUUAAAGUUACAACAUUGCAAGAAGUUGAAAUCUUUGCCUGAGCUCCCUUCACGGAUUGACUUGCCAACUGAUGCAUUCGAUUGUUUUAGGCUAAUGAUUCCAUCUUAUUUCAAGAAUGAAAAAAUAGGAUUAUACAUUUUUAACUGCCCAGAAUUAGUUGAUAGGGAUCGCUGCACUGACAUGGCUCUUUCAUGGAUGAUACUAAUUUCUCAGAUGUCUCUGCUGUACCAGGUGCAAUUCAAACUUCCUUUUAACCGGAGGAUUCAAAGUGUUACCACUGGAAGUGAAAUACCAAGGUGGUUCAAUAAUCAGCAUGAGGGAAAUUGUGUAAGCUUAGACGCAUCUCCUGUUAUGCAUGACGAUAAUUGGAUUGGCGUUGCGUUUUGUUUAAUGUUCGUGGUACCUCAUGAAACACUCUCAGCGAUGGGUUUUUCAGAUUCAGAUUGCCCACCAUGGCAUUCUUUUGGUGAUAUUCCAGUGGAUUUUUAUGGAGAUCUAGAUCUAGAACUUGUUUUAGACAAAUCAGAUCACAUGUGGCUAUUCUUUGUUAGUCGAACACAAUUCAGUAGACAAUUCUCUCUCAAGCUCAAAUAUCUUGGCAGGUUGGUUUUGAAAUGUGAUAAAGGGAUGGGCUGGAGUGAGUCAUAUGCUGAGGUGAAGAAAUACGGAUAUCGCUGGGUAUAUAAAGAGGAUAAAGAAGAGCCAUCAAAUCCAUUGGCUAGGAAGCGCAAAUUUGAGGAAAUUGAAGAAAAUGAAGGAAAAAGAAAGAAAGGAAUAAUCUCAGCAGAAGGGAGAAAAGAUGAUGCAACCUCCUCCCAGGAAAAGACAAUCAAGUUGUUGCAAAAUGAAUUUGAAAAUCUUAGCCUGUAGAAUCAUCAUUUCUUCUGUCAUUUGAAAAGUGGAUUGGAUGCUUGUGUAGUUUUGUUUGUUGGUUAAGAACAUUGUUUUUUCCUUUUUUUGGUUUGAGUAAUGUUUAUCAGAGGAUGAUGCAAUUUCCGAUUUGAGUAGCUGCUAUGCUUUUAGUGUUUCCAAAUUCAUGGUUUUCGGUCUUUUUUUACUUUUUAAUGCAUGACAACUUACAAAUUAAUAUAUUAAAA